AUGGUUCCUUCAACUGCAAUGUCAGAAUCCCUAACAACAAGUGCAACCAUUGGAUCAACUUCCACCAAAGAUUUGACAUUCAUAACUGGUGGUACUACUGAUAAGACCUCCUCAGCAGUAGAGACUACGACAGUGCUCACAUCAAACAAAAGUCCUGACACAACAGCUAGCAUGGCUGACACAACGGAAAUAACCACAGCAGAGACGACAAAGGAGAAACUUGAGACAAGCAUGACAACAUCAACGCAAACCACUUACACUGCAUCUGUUGCUGAAUCUACUGAGGGGUUGACCUCAGGCACAGCAGGUUGGACCUCCGUAGAAUCAACCUUUACAAGUGUUGGGCCAGGUGAAACAUCCACUCCAGAGAAGUCAACAACAACAACAGACAUGAGUUCAAUAGCAUCCACUCAAGCAACUUACAGUACCCCCAUUUCUAAAUCUACAAAAGGGUUGACCACAGAAACAACAGCUUGGACCACUGAAGGAUCAACUCUUACAACUGAGCAGCCAACAGAUAAAUCCACUUCGGUAGGAGAGACAAUGUCAGCCACCAUUUCGAGUACAAGCCCAGACAAAACGACUAGUAGAACUGGUAGACCUUUGAGCACAUCUUCUCAGGAAACAAGUGCAACAUCAGGUACAAGUUCAUCAGAGUGGACAACUAUUACGGAAAUGGUUCCUUCAAAUGCAAUGUCAGAAUCCCUAACAACAAGUGCAACCAUUGGAUCAACUUCCACCAAAGAUUUGACAUUCACAACUGGUGGUACUACUGAUAAGACCUCCUCAGCAGUAGAGACUACGGCAGUGCUCACUUCAAACAAGAGUCCUGACACAACAGCUAGCAUGGCUGACACAACGGAAAUAACCACAGCAGAGAGGACAACUGAGAAACUUGAGACAAGCAUGACAACAUCAACGCAAACAACUUACACUGCCUCUGUUUCUGGAUCUACUGAGGGGUUGAACUCAGAUACAACAGCUUGGACCUCCAUAGAAUCAACCUUUACAAGUGUUGGGCCAGGUGAAACAUCCACUCCAGAGAAGUCAACAACAACAACAGAUAUGAGUUCAAUAGCAUCCACUCAAGCAACUUACAGCACCCCCAUAUCUAAAUCUAAAAAGGUGUUGACAAAAGAAACAACGGCUUGGACCACUGAAGGAUCAACUCUUACAAUUGGGCAGCCAACAGAUAAAUCCACUUCGGUAGGAGAGACAAUGUCAGCCACCAUUUCGAGUACAAGCCCAGACACAACGACUAGUACAACUGAUAAACCUUUGAGCACAUCUUCUCAGGAAACAAGUGCAACAUCAGGGACAAUUUCAUCAGAGUGGACAAUUAUUACGGAAAUGUUUCCUUCAACUGCAAUGUCAGAAUCCCUAACAACAAGUGCAACCAUUGGAUCAACUUCCACCAAAGAUUUGACAUUCACAACGGGUGGUACUACUGAUAAGACCUCCUCAGCAGUAGAGACUACGACAGUGCUCACUUCAAACAAGAGUCCUGAUACAACAGCUAGCAUGGCUGACACAACGGAAAUAACCACAGCAGAGACGACAACGGAGAAACUUGAGACAAGCAUGACAACAUCAAUGCAAACCACUUACACUGCAUCUGUUGCUGAAUCUAAUGAGGGGUUGACCUCAGGCACAGCAGGUUGGACCUCCGUAGAAUCAACCUUUACAAGUGUUGGGCCAGGUGAAACAUCCACUCCAGAGAAGUCAACAACAACAACAGACAUGAGUUCAAUAGCAUCCACUCAAGCAACUUACAGUACCCCCAUUUCUAAAUCUACAAAGGGGUUGACCACAGAAACAACAGCUUGGACCUCUGAAGGAUCAACUCUUACAACUGAGCAGUCAACAGAUAAAUCCACUUCGGUAGGAGAGACAAUAACAGCCACCAUUUCGAGUACAAGCCCAGACACAACGACUAGUACAACUGAUAGACCUUUGAGCACAUCUUCUCAGGAAACAAGUGCAACAUCAGAGACAAGUUCAUCAGAGUGGACAACUAUUACGGAAAUGGUUCCAUCAACUACAAUGUUAGAAUCUCUAACAACAAGUGCAACCAUUGGAUCAUCUUCCACCAAAGAUUUGACAUUCACUACUGGUGGUACAACUGAUAAGACCUCCUCAGCAGAAGAGACUACGACAGUGCUCACUUCUAACAAGAGUCCUGACACAACAGCUAGCAUGGCUGACACAACGGAAAUAACCACAGCAGAGACUAAAACUAGGAAAAUUGAGACAAGCAUGACAACAUCAACGCAAACCACUUAUACUGCAUCUGUUGCUAAAUCUACUGAGGGGAUGACCUCAGGCAAAACAGCUUGGACCUCCAUAGAAUCAACCUUUACAAGUGUUGGGCCAGGUGAAACAUCCACUCCAGAGAAGUCAACAACAACAACAGACAUUAGUUCAAUAGCAUCCACUCAAGCAACUUACAGUACCCCCAUUUCUAAAUCUACAAAGGGGUUGACCACAGAAACAACAGCUUGGACCACUGAAGGAUCAACUCUUACAACUGAGCAGCCAACAGAUAAAUCCACUUCGGUAGGAGAGACAAUAACACCCACCAUUUCGAGUAUAAGCUCAGACACAACGACUAGCACAACUGAUAAACCUUUUAACACAUCUUCUCAGGAAACAAGUGCAACAUCAGAGACAAGUUCAUCAGAGUGGACAACUAUUACAGAAAUGGUUCCUUCAACUGCAAUGUCAGAAUCCCUAACAACAAGUGCAACCAUCGGAUCAUCUUCCACCAAAGAUUUGACAUUCACAACUGGUGGUACUACAGAUAAGACCUACUCAGCAGCAGAGACUACGACAGUGCUCACUUCAAACAUGAGUCCUGACACAACAGCUAGCAUGGCUGACACAACAGAAAUAACUACAGCAGAGAGGACAACUGAGAAACUUGAGACAAGCUUGACAACAACAACGCAAACCACUUACACUGCCUCUGUUUAUGGAUCUACUGAGGGGUUGAACUCAGGCACAACAGCUUGGAUCUCCGUAGAAUCAACCUUUACAAGUAUUGGGCCAGUUGAAACAUCCACUCCAGAGAAGUCAACAACAACAACAGAGAUGAGUUCAAUAGCAUCCACUCAAGCAACUUACAGUACCCCCAUUUCUAAAUCUACAAAGGGGUUGACCACAGAAACAACAGCUUGGACCACUGAAGGAUCCACUCUUACAACUGAGCAGCCAACAGAUAAAUCCACUUCGGUAGGAGAGACAAUAACACCCACCAUUUCGAGUACAAGCCCAGACACAACGACUAGUACAACUGAUAGACCUUUUAGCACAUCUUCUCAGGAAACAAGUGCAACAUCAGAGACAAGUUCAUCAGAGUGGACAACUAUUACGGAAAUGGUUCCAUCAACUGCAAUGUUAGAAUCCCUAAAAACAAGUGCAACCAUUGGAUCAUCUUCCACCAAAGAUUUGACAUUCACAACUGGUGGUACUACUGAUAAGACCUCCUCAGCAGUAGAGACUACGACAGUGCUCACUUCAAACAUGAGUCCUGACACAACAGCUAGCAUGGCUGACACAACGGAAAUAACUACAGCAGAGAGGACGACUGAGAAACUUGAGACAAGCUUGACAACAAAAACGCAAACCACUUACACUGCCUCUGUUUCUGGAUCUACUGAGGGGUUGACCUCAGGCACAACAGCUUGGACCGCCGUAGAAUCAACCUUUACAAGUAUUGGGCCAGUUGAAACAUCCACUCCAGAGAAGUCAACAACAACAACAGAGAUGAGUUCAAUAGCAUCCACUCAAGUAACUUACAGUACCCCCAUUUCUAAAUCUACAAAGGGGUUGACCACAGAAACAACAGCUUGGACCACUGAAGGAUCCACUCUUACAACUGAGCAGCCAACAGAUAAAUCCACUUCGGUAGGAGAGACAAUAACACCCACCAUUUCGAGUACAAGCCCAGACACAACGACUAGCACAACUGAUAGACCUUUUAGCACAUCUUCUCAGGAAACAAGUGCAACAUCAGAGACAAGUUCAUCAGAGUGGACUACUAUUACGGAAAUGGUUCCAUCAACUGCAAUGUUAGACUCCCUAACAACAAGUGCAAACAUUGGAUCAUCUUCCACCAAAGAUUUGACAUUCACAACUGGUGGUACUACUGAUAUGACCUACUCAGCAGCAGAGACUACGACAGUGCUCACUUCAAAUAUGAGUCCUGACACAACAGCUAGCAUGGCUGACACAACGGAAAUAACUACAGCAGAGAGGACGACUGAGAAACUUGAGACAAGCUUGACAACAAAAACGCAAACCACUUACACUGCCUCUGUUUCUGGAUCUACUGAGGGGUUGAACUCAGGCACAACAGCUUGGACCGCCGUAGAAUCAACCUUUACAAGUAUUGGGCCAGUUGAAACAUCCACUCCAGAGAAGUCAACAACAACAACAGAGAUGAGUUCAAUAGCAUCCACUCAAGUAACUUACAGUACCCCCAUUUCUAAAUCUACAAAGGGGUUGACCACAGAAACAACAGCUUGGACCACUGAAGGAUCCACUCUUACAACUGAGCAGCCAACAGAUAAAUCCACUUCGGUAGGAGAGACAAUAACUCCCACCAUUUCGAGUACAAGCCCAGACACAAUGACUAGUACAACUGAUAGAACUUUUAGUACAUCUUCUCAGGAAACAAGUGCAACAUCAGAGACAAGUUCAUCAGAGUGGACAACUAUUACGGAAAUGGUUCCAUCAACAGCAAUGUUAGAAUCCCUAACAACAAGUGCAACCAUUGGAUCAUCUUCCACCAAAGAUUUGACAUUCACAACUGGUGGUACUACUGAUAAGACCUCCUCAGCAGAAGACACUACGACAGUGCUCACUUCAAACAUGAGUCCUGACACAACAGCUAGCAUGGCUGACACAACAGAAAUAACUACAGCAGAGAGGACAACUGAGAAACUUGAGACAAGCUUGACAACAACAACGCAAACCACUUACACUGCCUCUGUUUCUGGAUCUACUGAGGGGUUGACCUCAGGCACAACAGCUUGGACCGCCAUAGAAUCAACCUUUACAAGUAUUGGGCCAGUUGAAACAUCCACUCCAGAGAAGUCAACAACAACAACAGAGAUGAGUUCAAUAGCAUCCACUCAAGUAACUUACAGUACCCCCAUUUCUAAAUCUACAAAGGGGUUGACCACAGAAACAACAGCUUGGACCACUGAAGGAUCAACUCUUACAACUGAGCAGCCAACAGAUAAAUCCACUUUGGUAGGACAGACAAUAACAGCCACUAUUUCGAGUACAAGCCCAGACACAACGACUAGUACAACUGAUAGACCUUUGAGCACAUCUUCUCAGGAAACAAGUGCAACAUCAGAGACAAGUUCAUCAGAGUGGACAACUAUUACAGAAAUGGUUCCUUCAACUGCAAUGUCAGAAUCCCUAACAACAAGUGCAACCAUCGGAUCUUCUUCCACCAAAGAUUUGACAUUCACAACUGGUGGUACUACUGAUAAGACCUCCUCAGCAGAAGACACUACGACAGUGCUCACUUCAAACAUGAGUCCUGACACAACAGCUAGCAUGGCUGACACAACGGAAAUAACUACAGCAGAGAGGACAACUGAGAAACUUGAGACAAGCUUGACAACAACAACGCAAACCACUUACACUGCCUCUGUUUCUGGAUCUACUGAGGGGUUGACCUCAGGCACAACAGCUUGGACCGCCAUAGAAUCAACCUUUACAAGUAUUGGGCCAGUUGAAACAUUCACUCCAGAGAAGUCAACAACAACAACAGAUAUGAGUUCAAUAGCAUCCACUCAAGCAACUUACAGUACCCCCAUUUCUAAAUCUACAAAGGGGUUGACAACAGAAACAGCAGCUUGGACCACUGAAGGAUCCACUAUUACAGCUGAGCAGCCAACAGAUAAUUACACUUCGGUAGGAGAGACAAUAACUCCCACCAUUUCGAGUACAAGCCCAGACACAACGAUUAGUACAACUGAUAGAACUUUUAGCACAUCUUCUCAGGAAACAAGUUCAACAUCAGAGACAAGUUCAUCAGAGUGGACAACUAUUACGGAAAUGGUUCCAUCAACUGCAAUGUUAGAAUCCCUAAAAACAAGUGCAACCAUUGGAUCAUCUUCCACCAAAGAUUUGACAUUCACAACUGGUGGUACUACUGAUAAGACCUCCUCAGCAGAAGACACUACGACAGUGCUCACUUCAAACAUGAGUCCUGACACAACAGCUAGCAUGGCUGACACAACAGAAAUAACUACAGCAGAGAGGACAACUGAGAAACUUGAGACAAGCUUGACAACAACAACGCAAACCACUUACACUGCCUCUGUUUCUGGAUCUACUGAGAGGUUGAACUCAGGCACAACAGCUUGGACCUCCGUAGAAUCAACCUUUACAAGUAUUGGGCCAGUUGAAACAUCCACUCCAGAGAAGUCAACAACAACAACAGAGAUGAGUUCAAUAGCAUCCACUCAAGCAACUUACAGUACCCCCAUUUCUAAAUCUACAAAGGGGUUGACAACAGAAACAGCAGCUUGGACCACUGAAGGAUCCACUAUUACAGCUGAGCAGCCAACAGAUAAUUACACUUCGGUAGGAGAGACAAUAACACCCACCAUUUCGAGUACAAGCCCAGACACAACGACUAGUACAACUGAUAGAACUUUUAGCACAUCUUCUCAGGAAACAAGUGCAACAUCAGAGACAAGUUCAUCAGAGUGGACAACUAUUACGGAAAUGGUUCCAUCAACUGCAAUUUUAGAAUCCCUAAAAACAAGUGCAACCAUUGGAUCAUCUUCCACAAAAGAUUUGACAUUCACAACUGGUGGUACUACUGAUAUGACCUACUCAGCAGCAGAGACUACGACAGUGCUCACUUCAAACAUGAGACCUGACACAGCAGCUAGCAUGGCUGACACAACGGAAAUAACUACAGCAGAGAGGACAACUGAGAAACUUGAGACAAGCUUGACAACAACAACGCAAACCACUUACACUGCCUCUGUUUCUGGAUCUACUGAGAGGUUGAACUCAGGCACAACAGCUUGGACCUCCGUAGAAUCAACCUUUACAAGUAUUGGGCCAGUUGAAACAUCCACUCCAGAGAAGUCAACAACAACAACAGAGAUGAGUUCAAUAGCAUCCACUCAAGCAACUUACAGUACCCCCAUUUCUAAAUCUACAAAGGGGUUGACCACAGAAACAGCAGCUUGGACCACUGAAGGAUCCACUCUUACAACUGAGCAGCCAACAGAUAAAUCCACUUUGGUAGGAGAGACAAUAACACCCACCAUUUCGAGUACAAGUCCAGACACAACGACUGGUACAACUGAUAUAACUUUUAGCACAUCUUCUCAGGAAACAAGUGCAACAUCAGAGACAAGUUCAUCAGAGUGGACAACUAUUACGGAAAUGGUUCCAUCAACUGCAAUUUUAGAAUCCCUAAAAACAAGUGCAACCAUUGGAUCAUCUUCCACAAAAGAUUUGACAUUCACAACUGGUGGUACUACUGAUAUGACCUACUCAGCAGCAGAGACUACGACAGUGCUCACUUCAAACAUGAGACCUGACACAACAGCUAGCAUGGCUGACACAACGGAAAUAACUACAGCAGAGAGGACAACUGAGAAACUUGAGACAAGCUUGACAACAACAACGCAAACCACUUACACUGCCUCUGUUUCUGGAUCUACUGAGGGGUUGAACUCAGGCACAACAGCUUGGACCUCCAUAGAAUCAACCUUUACAAGUAUUGGGCCAGUUGAAACAUCCACUCCAGAGAAGUCAACAACAACAACAGAUAUGAGUUCAAUAGCAUCCACUCAAGCAACUUACAGUACCCCCAUUUCUAAAUCUACAAAGGGGUUGACCACAGAAACAGCAGCUUGGACCACUGAAGGAUCCACUCUUACAACUGAGCAGCCAACAGAUAAAUCCACUUUGGUAGGAGAGACAAUAACACCCACCAUUUCGAGUACAAGUCCAGACACAACGACUGGUACAACUGAUAUAACUUUUAGCACAUCUUCUCAGGAAACAAGUGCAACAUCAGAGACAAGUUCAUCAGAGUGGACAACUAUUACGGAAAUGGUUCCAUCAACUGCAAUGUUAGAAUCCCUAAAAACAAGUGCAACCAUUGGAUCAUCUUCCACCAAAGAUUUGACAUUCACAACUGGUGGUACUACUGAUAUGACCUACUCAGCAGCAGAGACUACGACAGUGCUCACUUCAAACAAGAGUCCUGACACAACAGCUAGCAUGGCUGACACAACAGAUAUAACUACAGCAGAGAGGACAACUGAGAAACUUGAGACAAGCUUGACAACAACAACACAAACCACUUACACUGCCUCUGUUUCUGGAUCUACUGAGGGGUUGAACUCAGGCACAACAGCUUGGACCUCCGUAGAAUCAACCUUUACAAGUAUUGGGCCAGUUGAAACAUCCACUCCAGAGAAGUCAACAACAACAACAGAUAUGAGUUCAAUAGCAUCCACUCAAGCAACUUACAGUACCCCCAUUUCUAAAUCUACAAAGGGAUUGACCACAGAAACAGCAGCUUGGACCACUGAAGGAUCCACUCUUACAACUGAGCAGCCAACAGAUAAAUCCACUUCGGUAGGAGAGACAAUAACAUCCACCAUUUCGAGUACAAGCCCAGACACAACGACUGGUACAACUGAUAGAACUUUUAGCACAUCUUCUCAGGAAACAAGUGCAACAUCAGAGACAAGUUCAUCAGAGUGGACAACUAUUAAGGAAAUGGUUCCAUCAACUGCAAUGUUAGAAUCCCUAAGAACAAGUGCAACCAUUGGAUCAUCUUCCACCAAAGAUUUGACAUUCACAACUGGUGGUACUACUGAUAAGACCUCCUCAGCAGUAGAGACUACGACAGUGCUCACUUCAAACAGGAGUCCUGACACAACAGCUAGCAUGGCUGACACAACAGAUAUAACUACAGCAGAGAGGACAACUGAGAAACUUGAGACAAGCUUGACAACAACAACGCAAACCACUUACACUGCCUCUGUUUCUGGAUCUACUGAGGGGUUGAACUCAGGCACAACAGCUUGGACCUCCGUAGAAUCAACCUUUACAAGUAUUGGGCCAGUUGAAACAUCCACUCCAGAGAAGUCAACAACAACAACAGAGAUGAGUUCAAUAGCAUCCACUCAAGCAACUUACAGUACCCCCAUUUCUAAAUCUACAAAGGGGUUGACCACAGAAACAACAGCUUGGACCACUGAAGGAUCCACUCUUACAACUGAGCAGCCAACAGAUAAAUCCACUUCGGUAGGAGAGACAAUAACACCCACCAUUUCGAGUACAAGCCCAGACACAACAAUUAGCACAACUGAUAGACCUUUUAGCACAUCUUCUCAGGAAACAAGUGCAACAUCAGAGACAAGUUCAUCAGAGUGGACAACUAUUACGGAAAUGGUUCAAUCAACUGCAAUGUUAGAAUCCCUAACAACAAGUGCAACCAUUGGAUCAUCUUCCACCAAAGAUUUGACAUUCACAACUGGUGGUACUACUGAUAUGACCUACUCAGCAGCAGAGACUACGACAGUGCUCACUUCAAACAUGAGUCCUGACACAACAACUAGCAUGGCUGACACAACGGAAAUAACUACAGCAGAGAGGACAACUGAGAAACUUGAGACAAGCUUGACAACAACAACGCAAACCACUUACACUGCCUCUGUUUCUGGAUCUACUGAGGGGUUGAACUCAGGCACAACAGCUUGGACCUCCGUAGAAUCAACCUUUACAAGUAUUGGGCCAGUUGAAACAUCCACUCCAGAGAAGUCAACAACAACAACAGAGAUGAGUUCAAUAGAAUCCACUCAAGCAACUUACAGUACCCCCAUUUCUAAAUCUACAAAGGGGUUGACCACAGAAACAACAGCUUGGAUCACUGAAGGAUCCACUCUUACAACUGAGCAGCCAACAGAUAAAUCCACUUUGGUAGGAGAGACAAUAACUCAAACCAUUUCGAGUACAAGCCCAGACACCAUGACUAGUACAACUGAUAGAACUUUUAGCACAUCUUCUCAGGAAACAAGUGCAACAUCAGAGACAAGUUCAUCAGAGUGGACAACUAUUACGGAAAUGGUUCCAUCAACUGCAAUGUUAGAAUCCCUAAGAACAAGUGCAACCAUUGGAUCAUCUUCCACCAAAGAUUUGACAUUCACAACUGGUGGUACUACUGAUAUGACUUACUCAGCAGCAGAGACUACGACAGUGCUCACUUCAAACAAGAGUCCUGACACAACAGCUAGCAUGGCUGACACAACAGAAAUAACUACAGCAGAGAGGACAACUGAGAAACUUGAGACAAGCUUGACAACAACAACGCAAACCACUUACACUGCCUCUGUUUCUGGAUCUACUGAGGGGUUGAACUCAGGCACAACAGCUUGGACCUCCGUAGAAUCAACCUUUACAAGUAUUGGGCCAGUUGAAACAUCCACUCCAGAGAAGUCAACAACAACAACAGAGAUGAGUUCAAUAGCAUCCACUCAAGCAACUUACAGUACCCCCAUUUCUAAAUCUACAAAGGGGUUGACCACAGAAACAACAGCUUGGACCACUGAAGGAUCCACUCUUACAACUGAGCAGCCAACAGAUAAAUCCACUUCGGUAGGAGAGACAAUAACACCCACCAUUUCGAGUACAAGCCCAGACACAACGACUAGUACAACUGAUAGAACUUUUAGCACAUCUUCUCAGGAAACAAGUGCAACAUCAGAGACAAGUUCAUCAGAGUGGACAACUAUUACGGAAAUGGUUCCAUCAACUGCAAUGUUAGAAUCCCUAACAACAAGUGCAACCAUUGGAUCAUCUUCCACCAAAGAUUUGACAUUCACAACUGGUGGUACUACUGAUAAGACCUCCUCAGCAGUAGAGACUAUGACAGUGCUCACUUCAAACAUGAGUCCUGACACAACAGCUAGCAUGGCUGACACAACAGAAAUAACUACAGCAGAGAGGACAACUGAGAAACUUGAGACAAGCUUGACAACAACAACGCAAACCACUUACACUGCCUCUGUUUCUGGAUCUACUGAGGGGUUGAACUCAGGCACAACAGCUUGGACCUCCGUAGAAUCAACCUUUACAAGUAUUGGGCCAGUUGAAACAUCCACUCCAGAGAAGUCAACAACAACAACAGAGAUGAGUUCAAUAGCAUCCACUCAAGCAACUUACAGUACCCCCAUUUCUAAAUCUACAAAGGGGUUGACCACAGAAACAACAGCUUGGACCACUGAAGGAUCAACUCUUACAACUGAGCAGCCAACAGAUAAAUCCACUUCGGUAGGAGAGACAAUAACACCCAUCAUUUCGAGUACAAGCCCAGACACAACAACUAGUACAACUGAUAGACCUUUUAGCACAUCUUCUCAGGAAACAAGUGCAACUUCAGAGACAAGUUCAUCAGAGUGGACAACUAUUACAGAAAUGGUUUCAUCAACUUCAGUGUUAGAAUCCCUAACAACAAGUGCAACCAUUGGAUCAUCUUCCACCAAAGAUUUGACAUUCACAACUGGUGGUACUACUGAUAAGACCUACUCAGCAGCAGAGACUACGACAGUGCUCACUUCAUAUAUGAGUCCUGACACAACAGCUAGCAUGGUUGACACAACGGAAAUAACUACAGCAGAGAGGACAACUGAGAAACUUGAGACAAGCUUGACAACAACAAUGCAAACCACUUACACUGCCUCUGUUUCUGGAUCUACUGAGGGGUUGAACUCAGGCACAACAGCUUGGACCUCCGUAGAAUCAACCUUUACAAGUAUUGGGCCAGUUGAAACAUCCACUCCAGAGAAGUCAACAACAACAACAGAGAUGAGUUCAAUAGCAUCCACUCAAGCAACUUACAGUACCCCCAUUUCUAAAUCUACAAAGGGGUUGACCACAGAAACAGCAGCUUGGACCACUGAAGGAUCCACUUUUACAACUGAGCAGCCAACAGAUAAAUCCACUUCGGUAGGACAGACAAUAACACCCACCAUUUCGAGUACAAGCCCAGACACAAUGACUGGUACAACUGAUAGAACUUUUAGCACAUCUUCUCAGGAAACAAGUGCAACAUCAGAGACAAGUUCAUCAGAGUGGACAACUAUUACGGAAAUGGUUCCAUCAACUGCAAUGUUAGAAUCCCUAAAAACAAGUGCAACCAUUGGAUCAUCUUCCACCAAAGAUUUGACAUUCACAACUGGUGGUACUACUGAUAAGACCUCCUCAGCAGUAGAGACUACGACAGUGCUCACUUCAAACAUGAGUCCUGACACAACAGCUAGCAUGGCUGACACAACAGAAAUAACUACAGCAGAGAGGACAACUGAGAAACUUGAGACAGGUUUGACAACAACAACGCAAACAACUUACACUGCCUCUGUUGCUGGAUCUACUGAGGGGUUGACCUCAGGCACAACAGCUUGGACCGCCAUAGAAUCAACCUUUACAAGUAUUGGGCCAGUUGAAACAUCCACUCCAGAGAAGUCAACAACAACAACAACAGAUAUGAGUUCAAUAGCAUCCACUCAAGCAACUUUCAGUACCCCCAUUUCUAAAUCUACAAAGGGGUUGAACACAGAAACAACAGCUUGGACCACUGAAGGAUCAACUCUUACAACUGAGCAGCCAACAGAUAAAUCCACUUCGGUAGGAGAGACAAUAACACCCAUCAUUUCGAGUACAAGCCCAGACACAAUGACUAGUACAACUGAUAGACCUUUUAGCAAAUCUUCUCAGGAAACAAGUGCAACUUCAGAGACAAGUUCAUCAGAGUGGACAACUAUUACAGAAAUGGUUUCAUCAACUGCAGUGUUAGAAUCCCUAACAACAAGUGCAACCAUUGGAUCAUCUUCCACCAAAGAUUUGACAUUCACAACUGGUGGUACUACUGAUAAGACCUCCUCAGCAGUAGAGACUACGACAGUGCUCACUUCAAACAUGAGUCCUGACACAACAGCUAGCAUGGCUGACACAACGGAAAUAACUACAGCAGAGAGGACAACUGAGAAACUUGAGACAGGCUUGACAACAACAACGCAAACCACUUACACUGCCUCUGUUUCUGGAUCUACUGAGGGGUUGAACUCAGGCACAACAGCUUGGACCUCCGUAGAAUCAACCUUUACAAGUAUUGGGCCAGUUGAAACAUCCACUCCAGAGAAGUCAACAACAACAACAGGUAUGAGUUCAAUAGCAUCCACUCAAUCAACUUACAGUACCCCCAUUUCUAAAUCUACAAAGGGGUUGACCACAGAAACAACAGCUUGGACCACUGAAGGAUCAACUCUUACAACUGAGCAGCCAACAGAUAAAUCCACUUCGGUAGGACAGACAAUAACACCCACCAUUUCGAGUACAAGCCCAGACACAAUGACUGGUACAACUGAUAGAACUUUUAGCACAUCUUCUCAGGAAACAAGUGCAACAUCAGAGACAAGUUCAUCAGAGUGGACAACUAUUACGGAAAUGGUUCCAUCAACUGCAAUGUUAGAAUCCCUAAAAACAAGUGCAACCAUUGGAUCAUCUUCCACCAAAGAUUUGACAUUCACAACUGGUGGUACUACUGAUAAGACCUCCUCAGCAGUAGAGACUACGACAGUGCUCACUUCAAACAUGAGUCCUGACACAACAGCUAGCAUGGCUGACACAACAGAAAUAACUACAGCAGAGAGGACAACUGAGAAACUUGAGACAGGUUUGACAACAACAACGCAAACAACUUACACUGCCUCUGUUGCUGGAUCUACUGAGGGGUUGACCUCAGGCACAACAGCUUGGACCGCCAUAGAAUCAACCUUUACAAGUAUUGGGCCAGUUGAAACAUCCACUCCAGAGAAGUCAACAACAACAACAACAGAUAUGAGUUCAAUAGCAUCCACUCAAGCAACUUUCAGUACCCCCAUUUCUAAAUCUACAAAGGGGUUGAACACAGAAACAACAGCUUGGACCACUGAAGGAUCAACUCUUACAACUGAGCAGCCAACAGAUAAAUCCACUUCGGUAGGACAGACAAUAACAGCCACUAUUUCGAGUACAAGCCCAGACACAACGACUAGUACAACUGAUAGAACUUUGAGCACAUCUUCUCAGGAAACAAGUGCAACAUCAGAGACAAGUUCAUCAGAGUGGACAACUAUUACAGAAAUGGUUCCUUCAACUGCAAUGUCAGAAUCCCUAACAACAAGUGCAAACAUUGGAUCAUCUUCCACCAAAGAUUUGACAUUCACAACUGGUGGUACUACUGAUAAGACCUCCUCAGCAGUAGAGACUACGACAGUGCUCACUUCAAACAUGAGUCCUGACACAACAGCUAGCAUGGCUGACACAACAGAAAUAACUACAGCAGAGAGGACAACUGAGAAACUUCAGACAAGCUUGACAACAACAUCGCAAACCACUUACACUGCCUCUGUUUCUGGAUCUACUGAGGGGUUGAACUCAGGCACAACAGCUUGGACCUCCGUAGAAUCAACCUUUACAAGUAUUGGGCCAGUUGAAACAUCCACUCCAGAGAAGUCAACAACAACAACAGAGAUGAGUUCAAUAGCAUCCACUCAAGCAACUUACAGUACCCCCAUUUCUAAAUCUACAAAGGGGUUGACCACAGAAACAACAGCUUGGACCACUGAAGGAUCAACUCUUACAACUGAGCAGCCAACAGAUAAAUCCACUUCGGUGGGAGAGACAAUAACACCCAUCAUUUCGAGUACAAGCCCAGACACAAUGACUAGUACAACUGAUAGACCUUUUAGCACAUCUUCUCAGGAAACAAGUGCAACUUCAGAGACAAGUUCAUCAGAGUGGACAACUAUUACGGAAAUGGUUUCAUCAACUGCAAUGUUAGAAUCCCUAACAACAAGUGCAACCAUUGGAUCAUCUUCCACCAAAGAUUUGACAUUCACAACUGGUGGUACUACUGAUAAGACCUCCUCAGCAGUAGAGACUACGACAGUGCUCACUUCAAACAUGAGUCCUGACACAACAGCUAGCAUGGCUGACACAACAGAAAUAACUACAGCAGAGAGGACAACUGAGAAACUUGAUACAGGUUUGACAACAACAACGCAAACAACUUACACUGCCUCUGUUGCUGGAUCUACUGAGGGGUUGACCUCAGGCACAACAGCUUGGACUGCCAUAGAAUCAACCUUUACAAGUAUUGGGCCAGUUGAAACAUCCACUCCAGAGAAGUCAACAACAACAACAGAUAUGAGUUCAAUAGCAUCCACUCAAGCAACUUACAGUACCCCCAUUUCUAAAUCUACAAAGGGGUUGACCACAGAAACAACAGCUUGGACCAUUGAAGGAUCAACUCUUACAACUGAGCAGCCAACAGAUAAAUCCACUUCGGUAGGAGAGACAAUAACUCCCAUCAUUUCGAGUACAAGCCCAGACACAACGACUAGUACAACUGAUAGACCUUUUAGCACAUCUUCUCAGGAAACAAGUGCAACUUCAGAGACAAGUUCAUCGGAGUGGACAACUAUUACGGAAAUGGUUUCAUCAACUGCAAUGUUAGAAUCCCUAACAACAAGUGCAACCAUUGGAUCAUCUUCCACCAAAGAUUUGACAUUCACAACUGGUGGUACUACUGAUAAGACCUCGUCAGCAGUAGAGACUACGACAGUGCUCACUUCAAACAUGAGUCCUGACACAACAGCUAGCAUGGCUGACACAACGGAUAUAACUACAGCAGAGAGGACAACUGAGAAACUUGAGACAAGCUUGACAACAACAACGCAAACCACUUACACUGCCUCUGUUGCUGGAUCUACCGAGGGGUUGAACUCAGGCACAACAGCUUGGACCUCCGUAGAAUCAACCUUUACAAGUAUUGGGCCAGUUGAAACAUCCACUCCAGAGAAGUCAACAACAACAACAGAUAUGAGUUCAAUAGCAUCCACUCAAGCAAGUUACAGUACCCCCAUUUCUAAAUCUACAAAGGGGUUGACCACAGAAACAACAGCUUGGACCACUGAAGGAUCAACUCUUACAACUGAGCAGCCAACAGAUAAAUCCACUUCGGUAGGAGAGACAAUAAAACCCACCAUUUCGAGUACAAGCCCAGACACAACGAUUGGUACAACUGAUAGAACUUUUAGCACAUCUUCUCAGGAAACAAGUGCAACAUCAGAGACAAGUUCAUCAGAGUGGACAACUAUUACGGAAAUGGUUCCAUCAACUGCAAUGUUAGAAUCCCUAAAAACAAGUGCAACCAUUGGAUCAUCUUCCACCAAAGAUUUGACAUUCACAACUGGUGGUACUACUGAUAAGACCUCCUCAGCAGUAGAGACUACGACAGUGCUCACUUCAAACAUGAGUCCUGACACAACAGCUAGCAUGGCUGACACAACGGAAAUAACUACAGCAGAGAGGACAACUGAGAAACUUGAGACAAGCUUGACAACAACAACGCAAGCCACUUACACUGCCUCUGUUUCUGGAUCUACUGAGGGGUUGAACUCAGGCACAACAGCUUGGACCUCCGUAGAAUCAACCUUUACAAGUAUUGGGCCAGUUGAAACAUCCACUCCAGAGAAGUCAACAACAACAACAGAGAUGAGUUCAAUAGCAUCCACUCAAGCAACUUACAGUACCCCCAUUUCUAAAUCUACAAAGGGGUUGACCACAGAAACAACAGCUUGGACCACUGAAGGAUCAACUCUUACAACUGAGCAGCCAACAGAUAAAUCCACUUCGGUAGGAGAGACAAUAACACCCAUCAUUUCGAGUACAAGCCCAGACACAAUGACUAGUACAACUGAUAGACCUUUUGGCACAUCUUCUCAGGAAACAAGUGCAACUUCAGAGACAAGUUCAUCAGAGUGGACAACUAUUAUGGAAAUGGUUUCAUCAACUGCAAUGUUAGAAUCCCUAACAACAAGUGCAACCAUUGGAUCAUCUUCCACCAAAGAUUUGACAUUCACAACUGGUGGUACUACUGAUAAGACCUCGUCAGCAGUAGAGACUACGACAGUGCUCACUUCAAACAUGAGUCCUGACACAACAGCUAGCAUGGCUGACACAACAGAAAUAACUACAGCAGAGAGGACAACUGAGAAACUUGAUACAGGUUUGACAACAACAACGCAAACAACUUACACUGCCUCUGUUGCUGGAUCUACUGAGGGGUUGACCACAGGCACAACAGCUUGGACUGCCAUAGAAUCAACCUUUACAAGUAUUGGGCCAGUUGAAACAUCCACUCCAGAGAAGUCAACAACAACAACAGAGAUGAGUUCAAUAGCAUCCACUCAAGCAACUUACAGUACCCCCAUUUCUAAAUCUACAAAGGGGUUGACCACAGAAACAACAGCUUGGACCAUUGAAGGAUCAACUCUUACAACUGAGCAGCCAACAGAUAAAUCCACUUCGGUAGGAGAGACAAUAACUCCCAUCAUUUCGAGUACAAGCCCAGACACAACGACUAGUACAACUGAUAGACCUUUUAGCACAUCUUCUCAGGAAACAAGUGCAACUUCAGAGACAAGUUCAUCGGAGUGGACAACUAUUACGGAAAUGGUUUCAUCAACUGCAAUGUUAGAAUCCCUAACAACAAGUGCAACCAUUGGAUCAUCUUCCACCAAAGAUUUGACAUUCACAACUGGUGGUACUACUGAUAAGACCUCGUCAGCAGUAGAGACUACGACAGUGCUCACUUCAAACAUGAGUCCUGACACAACAGCUAGCAUGGCUGACACAACAGAAAUAACUACAGCAGAGAGGACAACUGAGAAACUUGAGACAGGUUUGACAACAACAACGCAAACAACUUACACUGUCUCUGUUGCUGGAUCUACUGAGGGGUUGACCUCAGGCACAACAGCUUGGACCGCCAUAGAAUCAACCUUUACAAGUAUUGGGCCAGUUGAAACAUCCACUCCAGAGAAGUCAACAACAACAACAGAGAUGAGUUCAAUAGCAUCCACUCAAGCAACUUUCAGUACCCCCAUUUCUAAAUCUACAAAGGGGUUGAACACAGAAACAACAGCUUGGACCACUGAAGGAUCAACUCUUACAACUGAGCAGCCAACAGAUAAAUCCACUUCGGUAGGAGAGACAAUAACACCCAUCAUUUCGAGUACAAGCCCAGACACAAUGACUAGUACAACUGAUAGACCUUUUAGCAAAUCUUCUCAGGAAACAAGUGCAACUUCAGAGACAAGUUCAUCAGAGUGGACAACUAUUACGGAAAUGGUUUCAUCAACUGCAAUGUUAGAAUCCCUAACAACAAGUGCAACCAUUGGAUCAUCUUCCACCAAAGAUUUGACAUUCACAACUGGUGGUACUACUGAUAAGACCUCCUCAGCAGUAGAGACUACGACAGUGCUCACUUCAAACAUGAGUCCUGACACAACAGCUAGCAUGGCUGACACAACAGAAAUAACUACAGCAGAGAGGACAACUGAGAAACUUCAGACAAGCUUGACAACAACAUCGCAAACCACUUACACUGCCUCUGUUUCUGGAUCUACUGAGGGGUUGAACUCAGGCACAACAGCUUGGACUGCCAUAGAAUCAACCUUUACAAGUAUUGGGCCAGUUGAAACAUCCACUCCAGAGAAGUCAACAACAACAACAGAUAUGAGUUCAAUAGCAUCCACUCAAGCAACUUACAGUACCCCCAUUUCUAAAUAUACAAAGGGGUUGACCACAGAAACAACAGCUUGGACCAUUGAAGGAUCAACUCUUACAACUGAGCAGCCAACAGAUAAAUCCACUUCGGUAGGAGAGACAAUAACUCCCAUCAUUUCGAGUACAAGCACAGACACAACGACUAGUACAACUGAUAGACAUUUUAGCACAUCUUCUCAGGAAACAAGUGCAACUUCAGAGACAAGUUCAUCGGAGUGGACAACUAUUACGGAAAUGGUUUCAUCAACUGCAAUGUUAGAAUCCCUAACAACAAGUGCAACCAUUGGAUCAUCUUCCACCAAAGAUUUGCCAUUCACAACUGUUGGUACUACUGAUAAGACCUCCUCAGCAGUAGAGACUACGACAGUGCUCACUUCAAACAUGAGUCCUGACACAACAGCUAGCAUGGCUGACACAACAGAAAUAACUACAGCAGAGAGGACUACUGAGAAACUUGAGACAGGUUUGACAACAACAACGCAAACAACUUACACUGCCUCUGUUGCUGGAUCUACUGAGGGGUUGAACUCAGGCACAACAGCUUGGACCUCCGUAGAAUCAACCUUUGCAAGUAUUGGGCCAGUUGAAACAUCCACUCCAGAGAAGUCAACAACAACAACAGAGGUGAGUUCAAUAGCAUCCACUCAAGCAACUUACAGUACCACCAUUUCUAAAUCUACAAAGGGGUUGACCACAGAAACAACAGCUUGGACCACUGAAGGAUCAACUCUUACAACUGAGCAGCCAACAGAUAAAUCCACUUCGGUAGGAGAGACAAUAACACCCAUCAUUUCGAGUACAAGCCCAGACACAAUGACUAGUACAACUGAUAGACCUUUUAGCAAAUCUUCUCAGGAAACAAGUGCAACAUCAGAGACAAGUUCAUCAGAGUGGACAACUAUUACGGAAAUGGUUCCAUCAACUGCAAUGUUAGAAUCCCUAACAACAAGUGCAACCAUUGGAUCAUCUUCCACCAAAGAUUUGACAUUCACAACUGGUGGUACUACUGAUAAGACCUCCUCAGCAGUAGAGACUACGACAGUGCUCACUUCAAACAUGAGUCCUGACACAACAGCUAGCAUGGCUGACACAACAGAAAUAACUACAGCAGAGAGGACAACUGAGAAACUUGAGACAGGCUUGACAACAACAACGCAAACAACUUACACUGCCUCUGUUGCUGGAUCUACUGAGGGGUUGAACUCAGGCACAACAGCUUGGACCUCCAUAGAAUCAACCUUUACAAGUAUUGGGCCAGUUGAAACAUCCACUCCAGAGAAGUCAACAACAACAACAACAGAUAUGAGUUCAAUAGCAUCCACUCAAGCAACUUUCAGUACCCCCAUUUCUAAAUCUACAAAGGGGUUGACCACAGAAACAACAGCUUGGACCACUGAAGGAUCCACUCUUACAACUGAGCAGCCAACAGAUAAAUCCACUUCGGUAGGACAGACAAUAACAGCCACUAUUUCGAGUACAAGCCCAGACACAACGACUAGUACAACUGAUAGAACUUUGAGCACAUCUUCUCAGGAAACAAGUGCAACAUCAGAGACAAGUUCAUCAGAGUGGACAACUAUUACAGAAAUGGUUCCUUCAACUGCAAUGUCAGAAUCCCUAACAACAAGUGCAAACAUUGGAUCAUCUUCCACCAAAGAUUUGACAUUCACAACUGGUGGUACUACUGAUAAGACCUCCUCAGCAGUAGAGACUACGACAGUGCUCACUUCAAACAUGAGUCCUGACACAACAGCUAGCAUGGCUGACACAACAGAAAUAACUACAGCAGAGAGGACAACUGAGAAACUUGAGACAAGCUUGACAACAACAUACGCAAACCACUUACACUGCCUCUGUUUCUGGAUCUACUGA